AUUCGCCACUGGUUUUGAUGCAUCCUUUUCCAUUUCUAUGGCAGAAAAUCUGGUAACUUUUGUUAUUAUUAUUGUUUUGAAUGUCCUUUAAUUACAUAAGUUUGGUGUAAUUGAUUGGUGUCCAUUAUGUACUUGCAGACUCAAAAUGAUCCACCGACGCCAACAACAAAUCCACCACAAACUAUUUACUUUGACAAUCUUCAAAACAGGAAGAAAAGUAAAGUUGGAGAACCUGAGGAUUCUAAUGUCGAUGAUUCUAAUGCUAAUGCAGAAAAUUCAGGUAAACAAAAACCUUGUAGGCCUAAAUCUUAGGUUUGGGAUUUUACAAGAAAUGAUUCGGGUACUCGGGCUAAGUGUAAUUGGUGUACGAAAUCUUAUGCGGCUGAUUCACAUAAGAAUGGAACCACAAAUUUAAAUAAUCAUUUGAUGAAUCAAUGUGAAAAAAUUCCCAAGAGUGUUCUUGAUCCUACACAAACCACUCUUAGCCUUCAAGAAGGCUCUAAAGGAUCUAUUACUGCACUUAAUGGUAUUCAUUUUGAUGUUGAAUAGUGUAGGCAAACUUUAGCUAGAAUGAUAAUCGUGGACGAGUUACCUUUUUCUUUUGUUGAAAAUGGAGGAUUCCAUCAUUUUAUGAGUGUUAUACAACCUAGGUUCCCACUUCCAGGAAGUAUGUCAAUUGCUAGGGAUUGUUUGAGUCUUUACGUGAGUGAGAAACAUAAGUUAAUAAGCAUGUUUACUAAAACAAAACAAAGUGUUUGUCUAACAACUGAUGCUUGGACAUUUGUGCAAAAUAUUAAUUAUAUGAUUCUCACUGCACAUUUAAUUGAUCAAGAUUGGAAGAUGCAUAAACAAAUUCUUAAUUUUUGUCCUAUAACAUCUCAUAAGGGUUCUAUAUAACAUUGAAAAGUGCUUGGAGGGUAGGAUGGUAGAUAAGGUUUUCCCCAUCACAAUUGAUAACGCGUCUUCAAAUGAUGUUGCUAGGAAUUACCUAAAAAAUAGAAUGGAGGAUUGGAAUUCUCAUCCUUUAAAAGGGGGGCAUUUGCACAUUAGAUGUUGUGCCCACAUUCUUAACCUUGUUGUCAAUGAUGGGGUGAAGUUGAAGUUCAUGCAUGAUUUAAUUUCCAAAAUUAGGAGUGCGGUUUGAUAUGUUCGUCAGUCACCUGGUCGUUUAGAUAGGUUUAGAACAUGUAUUAAAGAAGUUAGGAUACAAGACAAGUCUAUAGUGCAAUAUGAUUGUCCCACUAGGUGGAACUCCACAUACCUUAUGCUUGAAAGUGCAUUGAAGUUUCAAAAGGCCUUUAAGAGAUUAGGCGAGAAAUGUGUUGAGUAUGCGAUGUUAGAAGGUGGUGUACCACAAGAAAUAGAACCAUCCGAAUUUGUUACAUCUUCUGAUCAUUUGGAUAAUGAAUUUGAGAGGGACAUGGAUCAAGAUCCGAAUUUGAAUAAAAACGAAGUGGAUUUGUAUCUCAUGGAGACGAGGGAGAAGAAAAGUCCAGAUUUUGACAUCUUGAAUUGGUGGAAGGUAAAUUCCACCAAAUACCCUACGCUUGGUAUAAUGGCUAGAGAUAUCUUGGCUAUGCCAAUGUCUACCGGGGGUCGAGUCCUUAGUUGUUAUAGGAGCUCUCUUACACCACACACUGUUGAAGCUUUAAUAUGUGUACAAAAUUGGUUAAGAUCCUUCCUUUUGAAAGUGGAUAUUGAAGAGCACUUGGAAGUAUUGGAGCAGCUCGAACAAGGAUGGAUGCUAGAAGAUAACAUGAAGCAAUAUGGAUUAUGGAGUGGCUAAACUGAAUUUUGAAUGGUGGAACAAACAUGAUGGUUAAAUUGAAUUUUGAAUGGUUUAUGAUUUGAAUGGUUGAACUUUAAUUUAUGUAUUAAUUUGCAGUUUUGUCUACAUGUUGAAACUUUAACAAAAUUGCUUGGUUUUGUGACUUUGUAAGAC